AUUUGCAGUUCAACGCUUAAUCAUUUUAACCACAUUGAUAAAUUAAACACGAGGAACUUAUUUUUAUUCUUAUUUUUAAGUUUAUUUUAGAUAAACAGUACUUCAAGAUGUACCCCGUUGGCCAACCUCCAGCGGGGGAGACGAGUGCAGGAGCGGUGGGUGUAUCGGGUGCCGCGAGUGUGGCAGCAGGCACGACAGGUGCAGCUCCUGGGGCCCCGAGCACCGCGCCCGCUACGGGGGCUGCGGGUGCGGUCGCCCCCGGAGCGCCCGGGAUCGCGCUCGUCGCUGCUGUCGCUCCGCCCCCCGACCUACCAGUUCUAACAUGCCCGAGAAGACCAAAUCUCGGGCACGAGGGCAGACCUAUUAUGCUUCGUGCUAAUCAUUUCCAAAUAACGAUGCCCAGAGGAUUUGUACAUCAUUACGAUGUCAAUAUACAACCUGACAAAUGUCCUAGAAAGGUCAAUAGAGAAAUUGUAGAAACUAUGGUACAUUGUUAUAAUAAAAUAUUUGGUGCUUUGAAACCAGUUUUUGAUGGAAGAAAUAAUUUGUAUACAAGAGACCCACUGCCUAUUGGUAACGACAGAGUUGAAUUGGAAGUUAUUUUGCCCGGGGAAGGGAAAGAUAGAGUAUUCCGUGUCACUAUCAAAUGGGUAGCACAAGUGUCAUUAUUUGCCCUUGAAGAGGCCCUGGAAGGACGCACGAGACAAAUUCCGUAUGAUGCUAUAUUAGCUUUGGAUGUAGUUAUGAGGCACUUACCUUCCAUGAUGUACACCCCAGUGGGAAGGUCAUUCUUUUCAUCUCCAGAAGGAUACUACCAUCCUCUAGGUGGUGGCAGAGAAGUGUGGUUUGGUUUCCAUCAGUCAGUGCGGCCGAGCCAGUGGAAAAUGAUGCUGAAUAUUGAUGUUUCUGCAACUGCAUUUUAUAAGGCUCAGCCAGUAAUAGAGUUUAUGUGUGAAGUGUUAGAUAUAAGGGACAUUAACGAACAAAGGAAACCACUGACGGACUCCCAGAGAGUUAAGUUUACGAAAGAAAUCAAGGGACUAAAAAUUGAAAUUACUCACUGUGGGACUAUGAAACGUAAAUACAGAGUUUGCAAUGUGACUCGUCGGCCGGCGCAGAUGCAAUCGUUCCCUCUGCAAUUGGAAAACGGACAGACUGUGGAAUGUACUGUGGCUAAGUACUUCUUGGAUAAAUACAAAAUGAAGUUACGGUACCCGCAUUUGCCAUGCUUGCAAGUGGGCCAGGAGCACAAACACACAUACCUACCACUGGAGGUGUGCAACAUUGUACCGGGACAGAGAUGCAUCAAGAAACUGACAGACAUGCAGACAUCUACGAUGAUCAAGGCCACUGCUCGAUCGGCACCAGACAGGGAGCGCGAGAUCAACAAUCUAGUGCGGCGCGCGAACUUCAACACCGAUCUAUACGUGAAGGAGUUCGGUCUGACGAUAUCCAACAACAUGAUGGAGGUGCGCGGGCGCGUGCUGCCGCCGCCGAAGCUGCAGUAUGGCGGACGGGUGUCCUCGCUCGGUGGGCAGCAAGCUUUACCGAACCAAGGUGUAUGGGACAUGCGCGGCAAGCAGUUUUUCAUGGGCGUUGAAAUCCGAGUGUGGGCGAUUGCAUGUUUCGCACCACAAAGAACUGUCCGAGAGGAUGCACUCAAGAAUUUCACACAGCAGCUACAGAAGAUAUCGAACGAUGCCGGCAUGCCGAUCAUAGGCCAGCCGUGCUUCUGCAAGUAUGCCACUGGCCCGGACCAGGUCGAGCCCAUGUUCAAGUACCUCAAGUCUACGUUCAUGCAACUCCAGCUGGUUGUUGUUGUGCUACCCGGCAAGACUCCUGUUUAUGCGGAAGUAAAGCGCGUAGGUGAUACAGUCUUGGGCAUGGCGACGCAGUGCGUGCAAGCUAAAAACGUGAACAAGACGUCGCCGCAGACGCUCAGCAACUUGUGUCUGAAGAUCAACGUCAAGCUUGGUGGUAUUAACUCCAUCUUGGUGCCCUCACUCCGUCCGAAGGUGUUCAACGAGCCGGUGAUAUUCCUGGGCGUGGACGUGACGCAUCCGCCUGCAGGCGACAACAAGAAGCCGUCUAUCGCGGCGGUGGUGGGCUCCAUGGACGCCCACCCCUCGCGGUACGCCGCCACUGUGAGGGUGCAGCAGCAUAGACAGGAGAUAGUCCAUGAGAUGAGCAGUAUGGUGCAAGAGCUGCUGAUAAUGUUCUACAAGAGCACCGGGGGCUUCAAGCCGCACCGCAUCAUCAUGUACCGGGAUGGCAUCUCCGAGGGACAGUUCAUACAUGUGCUGCAACAUGAGCUCACCGCUGUUAGAGAGGCUUGUAUCAAGCUGGAGGCGGAAUACAAGCCGGGUAUCACGUUCAUAGUGGUGCAGAAGCGUCACCACACGCGGUUGUUCUGCGCGGACAAGAAGGAGCAGUCGGGCAAGUCGGGCAACAUCCCCGCCGGCACCACCGUCGACCUCGGCAUCACACAUCCCACCGAGUUCGACUUCUACCUGUGCAGUCAUCAGGGUAUACAGGGUACAUCUCGUCCGUCGCACUACCACGUGCUGUGGGACGACAACCACUUCGGUUCGGACGAACUGCAGUGUCUGACGUACCAGCUGUGUCACACGUACGUCCGCUGCACGCGCUCCGUGUCCAUCCCCGCGCCCGCCUACUACGCCCAUCUCGUCGCCUUCCGAGCCAGAUAUCAUCUGGUGGAGAAGGAGCACGACUCAGGCGAGGGCAGCCACCAGUCAGCGUGCAGCGAGGACCGCACGCCCGGCGCCAUGGCGCGUGCGAUCACCGUGCACGCCGUCACCAAAAAGGUCAUGUACUUCGCGUAAGCAUCGGCUUACGCGGCCUCAUUGGCCAGGUGAGGUGGCCGGCCACACCCACUGGUUAAGGUCUAGUCAUGUUCAUUGACGCAGCCUGGCCACGCCCACUGGCCACAUGUCGCGGAAUGGCCACGCCUAUUGAUCAGAUGUCGCGGCCUAGCCACGCCCACUGGCCACAUGUAGCGUCCUGGCCACAUGUAGCGGCCUGGCCACGCCUUUUGAUCAGAUGUCGCGCCUAGCCACGUCAGCGGCCAUGUUAAGUGGUGAGUGAAACCUGGCCACCCCACUGACCACAUGAUGUUACGCCUAUAGUUGGCUAGAUGCCGCAAUUUCUAGUUUGUAAGGACACAAAGCGACUAUUUUGGUCCACCAAAUCUGGCUCCGACCAACCAGCAAUCCGAGCUGCUUUAAUGUUCUCAUGAACGAGAUAACGCGUUGAUCCGGAUGCAGCAAUAGUGUCACCCCUAUGGGUCAGAAUUAUGAGCCUCUACCAUCCUACUAUUGCGUCAUCCGAUACGCGUUUUGCGUCUUUGGCCAACUCAGGUACAUAGCAGCCUUAAUGUCACGAAAAAUAGAACUACUUAUAGCAGAUAUUUAAGUAUAUAUUAUUUAUGUAAGCACUUUAGUAGUGCUAAACCCGGAGAGCAUACAUAGUUGUUUUGUGUAUAAUUUUUUUUAUUAAAUCCUUUUUUUAUAGCGCAAAUCGAUGUAUUAUUUUUGUUUUAUGAAUUUAAACUGGUCAUACACGAGCCGUAUUUAAAUCGAAGUGUGCGCAGAACAAACUGUGUUCCAUGAAGGUUAAAACGCCGUAUAACUAAUAUGGAAACUCGUUUUAUUUGGAGUGCGUGAAGUACAGGCAUUCCAAAUAGGCUUAUGUAUAGCCAUUAGCCAGCUUAAGUGUCGCUCAUAAAGCAGAUGAUAUGUAUAUUUUUUACAGCUACGUGAACUGUAAAUUUAUUAUUUAUCUGUGUAUGUUCUCCGGGCUAAAAUCGUACCGUCGGUACAUUCGAAACGGAGUAAGCUUUAGUUUGUUUAAUGCCUCCUUAAAUGUUCAUUAAUUUUACGCAUUUUAAAUACGAUGGCGGCAUAUCGUUUAAUACAUUAUAAUUUUUAAUGAUUUAUUAACAUUGUUUUAUAUCGCAGUUCGCACUAUUUUUCAGCAUUUUUGAUAAAAAACACUUAUUGUUCUUACCGCUAUUCAUAAAGCCCUUAUGGUAGAACUACAACGUAUUGUGCUUAAAUUCUAUAUGAAAUGAUUUUACAAUGUUGAGAGAUGGUGCGAAAAAAAUGAAAUGGUGUUUUGGCCGGUCACAAAUCUAUAUCUCAUAAGGUAGUAUGAAAUGAAACCUACCGGGAUAACAUUUUGACAGCUUUAUAAUUUAUCUGUCUUUUAUCUGUCCAAUCAUUUAUGCGAUCCUAUUAUAUUAUAUAAUCAAUCAAUUUUGUUACUUUUGUCUCAGAUCUAUGAGUCACUCGGUCUCUAGUCCUAACCAUCGAAGCGAAUGCUUAAAUCAUGCAUCUUAAACUGCUGCUCAUUGCUUAGUUGUUAAUGUCAUGAAUUUGUGUGUUGACCACAAGCAGUGCCGGUUUUAGCUACCAGCGCCCUGGGCGAGAUUUCUUCGGUGCCCAGGGUGCUGGUAGUGCAAAAAAAUGCGAACUAACAAUUCGCUGAUUCAGCGUUAUUUACC